AUGUCAAGCAAAUCCGCUCUGAAGGCGGUGCGAACAGCACUCGACGCAAAGGAUUUCGAGCUUGCAGCUGAGAAAGCCAAAGCUAUUGUGCAGCAAGAUCCUCAGAUCUACCAUGCCAAUGUCUUCCUUGGUCUAGCUUUAGAUAAACUCAACAAAAACACCGAGGCUGAAAGAGCCUAUCUUUCGGCAAUCCGGGUGAAAGAGAACGACAAGACAGCGUGGCAGGGACUCAUCAACCUCUUUGAGAAGCAGGGAGCUCAGAAGCUCGAUACGUAUCGCGACGCAGUUCUCCGACUUGGUCAAGUAUAUGCCGAAUCAGAUGACAAGAACCGCUGCCAAGAUUUGGUCGACAAGUACGUUGGGUUCGCGAAGAAGAACGGAUCUCGGUCGCAGUACAAGAAAGCCCUCGAAUUACACCUGCCAUCAUGCCCGCUUUACGAUUUCCUCGAGGGGAGAGUUCCCCAUCCUUCGCACACCUACCUCCGAUUGAUAGAAAUGACCGAGGCGGAGGAAAAGGAGUUUAUCAACAGGGAAAUCGGUGAACGACGUACGCGACUGGGUGCGAAAAUUGAUCAGGUUACACUAGAGGUCAAGAGGGAGGCCUUCAAACGGAGCGAGCUAGAGGAGCUAUACCGUGGAAUUGUCAAUUGGUCUCAUGAUGAUGAAGUUCGGCGUACCUACGAAGAGAAGUUGUUACAGCGGGCGAACGAUAUCCUUUCAGUGCUACCGGCGAAUGAAAAGGACGCCAAGCGAGCGGAAGUGUUCCAGGCCGCCCACGAUAUGGUGAUCAUCAAGCACCCUUACGAGCUCGCGUGGAAGAUCGUGCUAGAAUGGCAGGAUAUUCAGAACUUCUCGGAGUGGGACCGCAACUUCUUGGACGACUUUAUUGAAUUCUUUCCCGAAGACGGUCUCUCUAAGCUGCUGAAGGGCUUCUUGGCUAGCGACUUGUCACCGUUCCCGAAAGACAAAGAGCCCAAAGAGCCCAGAGAAGCUGCAAAGAAGGAUGAAGAUACCGAGAACAACAAUGGCGAGAGCAACGAACUGGGUGUCCAGGAUAACCUGCUCUUGAUGGUGGAAGGCCUCGAAGGAUCUUCGGCGUCGAUCGUCGCUCACCGGGUUGUGGCCGAGCUAUAUCUCUCACUUGAAGAGUACGACAGCACAGUGGAUGUCUGUCGCAAAGGCCUUCGCAAUGUACAGGACCUUGUCAGGAGGACUGGCAUCAGUCUGCAAAACACCACGGAUGCACUCAACAUAAUGCUCGCCAACUCGCUUAUUUAUUACCAGUCUCCCCGGCAUCACCCCGAAGCUAAGCGAAUUUUCGAAGAGAUUCUGGGCAGAGAGCCGAAAUCCACAAGCUGCUUGUUGGGUAUCGGUCUGAUUCUCAAGGUUGACGAGGAUUACUCCGAAGCUGUCAAUUUCCUGGAGCGUGCGCUGGAGCGAGACCCGACGAACAUUAAAGUACGCGGUGAGCUGUCGUGGUGUAGGGCACUCAACGGCGAUAUUGCAUCUGGCUUGGAGGGCCUGCAAGACGUCCUUGAAGAACUUCAGGAAGCGGAGUCCGACAAUAGAGAAUUCAAAGCUGAGAUCCUCUACCGAGUGGGAUACUGCCAGUGGGAGAAUGAUCCAUCGCCGGCAGCGCGCAAAGACCGGACUGGAGCAUAUGCCAGCUUCCUCGCGUCUAUCCAGUCAAACAUGAAUUUUGCUCCUGCCUAUACGAGCCUCGGUCUUUACUAUGCGGACUACAAGAAGGACAAGACCCGAGCACGCAGGUGCUUCCACAAAGCAUUCGAGCUGUCAGCGUCAGAGAUCGAAGCAGCCGAGCGACUGGCCAAGACAUUCGCCGAUCAGAGGGAAUGGGAUCUUGUCGAAGCCGUGUCCCAACGUGUCGUUGAUUCGGGGAAGGCUAAGCCUGCCCCAGGCUCGAAGCGCAAAGGCUACAGCUGGCCCUACGCAGCUCUGGGCACAGUGCAAAUCAACAAGCAACAGUACCCUAAGAGUAUUGUCUCUUUCCAGGCAGCUCUCAGAAUCUCUCCCAAUGACUACCAUUCGUGGGUCGGUCUAGGCGAGAGCUACCACCACUCUGGCAGAUUCAUUGCCGCUACAAAGGCGUUUGAGCACGCACAGCAGCUCGAGGAUAACCUGUCCGACAAGGAGCAGAUCUGGUUUGCAAGGUACAUGCUGGCUAAUGUCAAGCGAGAGCUCGGCGAGUACGAGGAUGCUAUUGCGAGAUAUGAGGACGUCUUGCAGGUGCGGCCUAAUGAAUUUGGAGUGGCGAUUGCGCUGCUUCAAACGCUCACCGAGAGCUCCUGGAAGAGUUUGGACCAGGGUCUUUACAAUGACUGUAUUGAGCUGGCACGGAAGGCUCUACUAGUAGCCAAGUCGCUUGCUCUGGAACGGGUCGACGUCUUCAACCUAUGGAAAGGAAUCGGAGACGCCUGUACGCUCUUCUCCUACGUCCAGUCGAAAGCGGGUAGGCUGCCGGUUGAUGAGCUACGAGACCUACUUGAGACUCAGCUGGAACCUACGGCUCUCGAUAUCUUGACAGAAGUUGAUAAUGUUGGUCAUGACUAUCUAUCUUCGUUAACAGCGGACGAUGAGACCGCCAACCGGACGAGCCAGUGCCUCUACGCUGCUAUCCUGGCAUACAAGCGUGCUAUUCAGGUCUCCCUGCGGGACAGCCAUGCCCAAGCAGUCGCCUGGUACAACCUGGGCUGGGCAGAGUACCGAGCCUACCGGUGUUUACAAACCAUCUUGAACACGGAGAAUAAGAAGCAGUCACGUAAGCUCUUGAAGGCAGCUAUGCGAUGCUUUAAGAGAGCUAUUGAGCUCGAAGCCGGAAAUUCGGAGUUCUGGAACGCCCUGGGAGUAGUCACCACGAGCAUGAGUCCCAAGGUCGCACAGCAUGCAUUCGUCCGCAGUCUUCACCUCAACGACAGGAGCGCCCAAGUCUGGACGAACCUGGGAACUCUUUAUCUCAUCCACAAUGACAUUCAACUCGCUAAUGAGGCUUUCACCCGGGCACAGUCCACUGACCCCGACUACUCCCCGGCCUGGGUUGGUCAAGGAUUCUUGGCUCUCUUGUUCGGAGAUCCUCAGGAAGCGAGAGGCCUCUUUGAACAUGCCUUUGAUAUCUCCACUUCGUCGACCCGGUUGUCCAAGAAGCAGUAUACGAUGAGCUUGUUCGACCACCUCCUCUCGGAUUCGUCGUUGUCGAACGAGAUCUCACAACUCAUUCAGCCAUUCUUUGCCCUGCACCAGCUCUCCAGCCAGGACCCGUCUGACCUUCCGUUCGUCCACCUUUCUGCUCUCUUGGCGGAAAGAAUUGGCGAACACACCGACGCUGAGGCGAGUCUGCGGUUAGUUUGCGCAGGCAUGGAAAGUGAAUACGAAGUCACGGAAUCCGCGUCGUCCCUUUCCCGAUAUGCACAGGCCAAUGCAGACAUUGCUCGUGUUCUGCUUGCGCGCCAUGACUUCGAAGAAGCUGCUGAGAAGGCGGAGACAGCUCUUAUGCUGUCUGGAGAGGAAGAUGCCGAGAAGUUUGACCCAGAGACAAACCGCAAGUUGCGCCUGUCGGCCCAUUUGACAGCCGGUCUAGCACACUACUACAUGAAGUCGAUGGACAACGCGAUUGACAUGUUCCGGGACGCCCUUCAGGAAGCCGACAACGCUCCGGAGGUGGUGUGCCUCCUGGCACAGGUUCUGUGGGCCAAGGGCGGAGAAGAGGAGCGCGCUGUGGCACGGCAGCAACUAUUCGACUGCGUUGAGGAGAACCCCGACCACAUUGGGGCUGUCACGCUCCUAGGAGCAAUCGCACUCCUUGACGCCGAUGCGGAUGCCAUCGAUGCAGUCGAGUCUGAUCUGCAGAAUAUGAUCACAAGAGACGACAUUGAGAUCCAUGAACGCGGCAAGCUAAUCAAGCUCUUGACCGCCAUCUCGACCCUUGGAUUUACGGACAACUCAGGCGUACCCGAGGAUGUUCGACGCGUCGGCGAGGCCACAGCAGCGGUGAUGAGAUCGCCGUACGAACCUCAAGGCUGGGUAGAGCUGGCGUCCGCCACGCAGGAACUGUACCCUGCGGAGAUGGCGACCAAACGGGCAGCGAGGAGUGUCCCUCCCCGAAGCAACCUGGAGGCCAUCGAUCUCUCCGCGGCAUACGCACAGACCGGAAAGGCAAGCGACGCGCUGCGGGCGAUCAUGGUUGCGCCAUGGAAGCAGACAGGAUGGGAGGAGUUGAAUCACGCGGUCUCAACGACCAGCUAG